CUCGAGCCGAUUUCGAUGCAGUGCUGUGGGCGCUGUAGUCGUGCAAAAUCGACGAGAUAGGGCGCGGGGCAGCCGCGUGCAUAGUAAAGAAGCAGCCCGCACCAUGGCCGAGCAAAUCAGCAAGAGCCAAGCCCAGCCGAUGCGCCGCGAUGAGGCCACGACCAAAUCAUUGAUCUCGGCCUGCUACGCCGGCGACUUAGAACGAGUCGUCGCAUUGCUAGGCGACGGCGCGGACCCGAGCGCGACGGAUGUGGUGGGGUGGUUUCCGUUGUACCAGGCGGCCUGCGGCGGCGACUCCCACUCCGAAGACCAUGCGAAGGUCAUCGCGACGCUCAUUGAUCACGGGGUCCAUCCCGAUCAAAGAACGCCGAACGGCGAGACGGCGCUCAUGGCCGCGGCGUACCGGGGCCACGCGCCGUGUGUCGCGAUACUAGUCAUGAAGGGCGCGGAUGCCCAUACAACAGCGUCAUCAGGCCCAUGGGAAGGUCGGGACUGCUUCUGGAUCGCCAAGACAAGUGUGGAGCAAAAAGUUAUGAAACAGGAGGAGCUCGAGGUGGUCCUGGCGGCUUUGAAGCUGGAGCGCGGCACCGCUCCACCGCAGCCGGCAUCGGUACCGCCGCCGGCGCCCGCAGAACCACCAAAAACACAAGAGGCCUGCGCCUACUGCGGCGACGCCGCUAAUCGUAGAUGCUCGCGCUGCAAGAAAGUGUGGUACUGCAGCGUCCUCUGCCAGCAGGAGCACUACAAGAAGGGUCAUCGUAGUAAAUGCUGGGCCGCCAAGGGCGUGAAGGCGGCGCCGUUACUCAAACCGCAGAAACCGGCGCCGCCACCGGCGCCAGCCGCGGAGGAAGACGACUUCUCCGCGUUGCCGCCGACCGAGGCCGCGGCGCGGGCCGGCGCGCGCGCCGCGCAGAAGGUCUUUGAUAAGGGCGGCAGCGUUCAAAAUGCGGCGACGGAGGCCGGCCGCGCCGCGUCGCUGGCGGCCAUGGCCCGGGGCCUUUCGAUCACGGACGCGGCGGCGGCCUCUCGAGACGCCUGCGCCGCGGUGACCGGCGACUAACACUAUGUAGUUUAGACCCACCCCCCUGGGAGAGGUAUGUACAUGACCCCCGUCGCGUCGAUGGCGUCGAGGUGGUGCCGCACCGCCCUGGACGCCACCGACGCGACAUCCAA